CCUCACCACUCUCUCCGCAAAGAACUUCCCCCUGGCAUCCAAUCCAAACCAGCCCUCCUUCAGCUCAAAACAAGGUCAAGUAGCACACCCCUCCUCAUCAUCUCCUCCACCACCUGUGGCAGAAAGUUGUCAUCCACGCAUUGCAGGAACCGCCUGGACCUUGUGUGCCUGGCCGUCUUGCUUAGCCAACACGUAUCAGGAUGGUUGAAGUCCCCCGUAAGAACGAGUGCCGGGGAUCGCAAGGCUACUUCCAGCUGUUUGUAGAAGGCCUUGUCCACUUCCUCCUCCUCGCCAGGUGGCCUGCAGUACACGGCCACAGCGGUGUCGCCUAUGCCAGCCCGCCCCAUAGUUCUUACCCACGAGCUAUGCAGCGGAUGUAUUCAUCAUCCCCCCCACCCAGUGGAGCUCCAUACAUUCGAGUUGCUCUCUCACAUAAAGAGCAGCUCCACCACCUUGCCUCACCCGCCUGUCUUUCCUAAAGAGCACAUAGCCGUCCACGACAGCAUUCCAGUCACGUGAGCUGUCCCACCAUGUCUCCGUGACCACAAUGAGAUCACACCCCUGUAAGCACACACAGAUCUCUAGUCCUUCCUGUUUAUUCCCCACGCGGGGUGCAUUGCUAUACAGGCACUGGGAGAGGGACAGUUCUUGCAGGCAGGCUCUCUGGAGAGGUUAUCUGGGCGGCCAAUGGGGGGCCUCAGUGCCUCCUGGCAAGGAGUCCCCCGUCACUAAGACAAUGCUGGCGCGGAACGUGUCCGCCCCGGAGCCGAGUGCCUCCAACAACAUGCUGUGUUUUGGGGCCAGCAAGGUUGCCAGGCAUGCUGUCUGGUCCCCAGCCCAGGGCACGUCAAUCUCUGUGAGGUGACACUCCUCGGUGCGAUGUCACAGUGGCUCUCUCUUAGUCCCCUGUGGCAGCGGUGGGAGUGGUGGCUCAGUAGCUUGUGGAAGCUGCAGGAGGAGGACCCAGAGAGAGCACUGUGUCUGUCUGGAGAGAUCCUGCUGUGAUGGAGCGGCUGAGAGCCCUUCGAGGUCUCUUUGCUUGUGUGGGCUGCAUGCCCAGGCGUACGCGUCGCGGGAGCAGAGGCAGGGUGGCAAGCUCUGUCCCUGCCUGUCCCGUGAAUUUGCUGCUGCAGCGCCUGCAAGACAAGGAGGUGAGCUGGGUGCCACGGUCCCGUGGGUGCCAGGCCCACAACCCAGGGUUUUGUGCCGCCCUCGCGCCUGCCUGGCCCCGGCAGCACAGCGGCAUAGCCACGGGUGGCAGCGGGCGGCUCCCUGGGAACAAGGGCAAAGCGAGCGUGACUGAUCCCUGUGCCCAGGGUGACCGAGCGCAGGUGUACUGCCAGCUGGAGAGCGCCCUGUGGGAAGAGGGCAGCCGCCCGCCAUGCGGGGUGGCGAACCGGCUGCUGGCAGAGGUGUCUCGGGACCUGACGGCGGCCCAGGGCGUGACAGACAACCUGAGGAUGGCUGCCAGCAAUGUCCUGGUGGCUCUGGCGCGGUCACACUUCAGCUUGGUGAUGGCCGAGCUCCAGGGCCACCUGAAGGCCUUGGGGGAGAUGUCCAAGGAGUUUGUGCUCAUCACCCUCAGCAAGCUGUUCAGCAUCUACG